AUGGGUUCACUUUCCAGCAGAAGAAUACCCUCUCCAACUCAAGUGAUGGCUGCUACACAGUUUGUUAAAGACGCCGUUGCGCACGACCCUAUUGUUAUUUUCUCAAAAUCAGACUGUGGCUACUGUCAGAUGGCUAAAGAAUGUUUUGAUAAGCUGAAAGCCACUUACAAAUCCAUCGAUUUAGAUAAGAGAGAAGACAUGGAUGAUAUUCAAGAUGCUUUAGAAGGAAUAACUGGCGCUCGUUCGGUGCCACGGGUGUUUGUGAAUGGCGUAUUUAUUGGUGGAGGCUCUGACGUAAGAAAGAUGUCACAAAAUGGCAAGUUGGAAGAGCUCCUAAAAAAAUAA